GAACGCAUUUCCUUCUCGGUAUAAAUAGGAAGGCGCGCACAUCUGCACUUCACAACGAGGCGUGGUUUAGAACGGACAGGUGGGCUGCUGCUGUAAUACUGCCGUGAACAUUAGGAUACUUAUUUCACUCCCGGAGACCAACACUUUAACCUGCAAACAUGCCCAAGUGCCCAAAAUGCACGAAGGAAGUUUACUUCGCGGAGAGAGUGACAUCACUGGGGAAGGACUGGCACAGGCCCUGUCUGAAGUGUGAGAAGUGCAGCAAAACGCUGUCGGCCGGAUCACACGCAGAGCACGAUGGCAAGCCUUAUUGUAACAACCCCUGCUACUCUGCACUAUUCGGGCCUAAAGGUUUUGGACGUGGAGGAGCUGAAAGCCACACAUUCACAAAGUAGAGCCACUCAGGUUCACCAACCACACCAAGAAGAAGGCAACUCUGCAUUCUACAACGUCCUCCAUACCAUACUAAACCAAAACAAACAACCAAAGAAGUUCCUUUUCGGGAACCACCUUUUUGUGUUAUUUUCUGUCUUUGUAUUGUCUAGAGGAAUCAGCCUUAAUACACAGCAGAGAUGCUCUCUAUUCCCACUGGUGGAUCGGAGGGUUAUACGAGAACCUCUCUGUUCCUUUACUUGUUCUUAAAUUCUGAUUAAACACUCUUUUUCAAAAUGUU